AUCUCACACACAAUCUGUGACUAUUCCAAGGAAAAGGCUAUACAAAUAGUAAAAAUCGUUAGAAAUAAUGUCUAUACAAAGGAAUACCCAAAAAAGACCAUCAUCGGUCAGCUCGGCUAGUGAUGCGGUUUCGGAAAAAUCAUCCGAAGAUGAAUUUGAAGCCGGAAACGAGGUCAAACCGGCCUCUGACGUCACCAUCUACAACUCCUACAACAUGGGCCCGGCCUUUGGCAGAAAGUUCCCACUGCCGUAUAUCCGUUUAAUGGUCUCGAAAGUGAUGCAAGACAGGUUGACCAACAAGACCUACAAUCCGACGGAUGCACGCAAGCUGGCUCGCGAUGUGGCUGAUGAAAUCAAUAUGAGGAUGAAGGGGGAUGGAUCCUGCCCAAGGUACAAGCAUGUGGUGAAUGUGAUGCUUUACCAGCAGACUGGAGCAGGAUGUUUCUAUGGAGCACGAGCCAUUUGGGAUCCCCUCGCGGAUGACUACAUGAACUAUACCUUUGAUGGUGGGAGUUUUAUUUGCAUUGCCACUGUUUUUGGCUGCUACCAAUACUAAGUUAGUGCAGUUCUACUAAAUCGAUUAAAUUAAAUAAAUUAUUAAGUAUUCUCU